AUGUCCUCACCGCAAACCCCGCGGCAUAAGCGGAACACCUCGAAUAGCAUCGAUCUAUCCUUCGCAACACCACUCUCCUAUGGCAACAGCCCACGGCGGAACUCUAGAGCCUCCAUAAACUCCCCCACAACACCGAGUCAUCGGCAUAGUCUGAAUCGUUCAAAUUCGAUAGGCAUAGAUGUAUUCAGCAGUGGGGGACCCACCGCCGGGGGGAAUGGACUGGGGAAUUUGGCGGAUGAACUGGCGGAUGCGUGGGAUGAGGACGAGUUAGAGGGAGAUUAUGAGGAACCGGAUAUGAAUUUUCAGGAGACUAGAGGAGAGCCGACGAGGGAUAGUGGUGUGGAUGUGGAGUCUUCGCCCAUAGAGCCGCCUCUGAAGUCUGCGAACCUGACGCCGCCAACGCCUGUUACUAAAGGACAUAGGAGGAUACAGAGUGAUUAUGAUGGGAGCGAUUAUGGGGGGGACUCGGAUUUAGAGUCGCCGGGUAUGCCUCCGGGACUGGUUGCUAGGAUGGAUCAGGUUGAGAGUUUGGCGAGGAGGGGAACGGAGAAUAAUGGUACGGAGAGUGAUGGGGUUGUGAAAAGAGUAAUAGAGGGAUUGAAGGAUCUAGGAGGCCAGUCCGGUGUUGAAGGCGGUGCUUCAAGACUCAUAACAGCACACACCGCCCUAUCAACCCACCUCCACCACCAAACCCGCCUCCUCCAAUCCCUAUCCUACCCUCUCUUCUCCCCCCUAGUUCAACCCCCCGACGAAGACACCAUCGACGAACUCCUCCCCCUCCUCACAAGCCUCAACGAAUCCAUGCCCCGCCCCACAACAGCAGCCUUCACCUCCCUCUCCCAACUCCACGGCCUCACCGCAGACCUCAUCCAAACCCUAAACUACCUCUCUGACACCCUCCAUAUGUCACGGCAAACCACCACUACAGCCACACGUCGUCUCCGUAGCGCCAGAGAACUAGUCGCCGAGAUGAAGCGGGAGGAGGAGGAACGGGAGGAAGCUGAGCUGUGGUUGCAGAGAGGGAAUUGGUCGGAGCGAUUGGCUGCGAGAGAAUGUGCGGGGGUUUGCCGGGAAGUAGUCGGUGGAUUUGAGGAGGUUUGUAAUGAUUGGAGAGCGAGGCUGCUUGCGCAGGCGGAUCCGGUGGGUGCGUAG